AUGGACCUCAGUACCAAAUUUUGGACAGAUUCACAAAUAGUUUUGAAAUAUAUAUCGAAUGAAAACCGAAAAUUUCCAGUAUUCGUUAUGAAUCGCAUCAAUGAAAUUCGUACUACGACUGAGAUCAAUUCGUGGCGUUUUGUGCCAGGAACUCUGAACCCAGCAGACAAUGCUACAAGAUAUGGAGAUCUACCAAUCGAUCGUCUUGCUGUAGGUGAACCACCAUUUAAUCGAUCAGGAGUAGAUUACUUUGGUCCAAUGAUUGUCAAGAGAAGCAAGAGGACAAGAGCUUCAUCUGGAACCGUGAAAAGGUAUGGAGCAUUGUUUACCUGCAUGACGUCACGUGCCGUUCAUAUUGAGCUAGCUGGAGAUUUAUCGACAAAUAGUUUCAUUCUUGCACUUCGACGUUCUAUCUCAAGAAGAGGAAACCCCAAAACAAUCAUCAGCGACAACGGAACCAACUUCGUCGGCGCAGAUCGUGAACUAAGAGAGCUGGUAACGAAUCUGAAUGAGACAAAACUUCGAAAAGAGUUAACAAAGAAUAGUAUCGAAUGGAAGUUCAACCCACCAUUUUCACCAUGGAUGAAUGGAGCGAUGGAAUCUAUGGUAAAAAUCACUAAACGAGCGUUGAAAGCGAUAGUUCGUGAUCGUGUUUUCACCAAAGAAGAGUUACGUAUAUUCUUGACUGAAGUAGAAGCAACCAUCAAUAGCCGACCGUUGACUUCUAUCAGCAACCUCGACGAUCGUAAAAGAUGGAGAGCCGUACAGGCUGCUUCAAAUAUGUUUUGGAAUAGAUGGAGAAAGGAAUACCUGCCUUCUUUGACAACACGUGCUAAAUGGAAUACAAACGACGACCAAAUUAAGGAAGGAGAUCUCGUGAUAGUUAGAGACCAGAACGUCUUGACAAAUCAUUGGCCGCUGGGACGCAUUGCGAAAAUCUUUCCUGGCAGCGAUGGCAUCAACAGGGUUGCAGAAGUGAAAACUAAUGAUGGAAAUUACAUUCGUCCCAUCCGAUCACUUGCGUUACUGGAACGCUGUGCUAAAUGA